AAAUUGGCGGUUUGUGUUCUCGUUGUUUUCUUGUUCCUGAAACUAAAAUCUGUGAAAUACUCUUUUGUUUGUAUCUCGACCUGCUCGUUUAACACUUGUAACUGUUCCUCGACAGUGUUUGUUAAUUUGAGAACCGUUUCUUAAACGUCAGAUAUGUUGACAAACUCCAAACAAGUUAAGGAAGCUAGCAGAAGUUAGCCAACAGGGAACUUUAGAGCUAGAGCUAGCCGCUGAAGCUAGCUGUGUUAGCCAGGCUGGCUCUCUGACCAGCCGCCACCGGACACUCUCACUCUGCUUCUCUCAUCUCGGAAUAAUGGCCAACCCGCUAUUGUUGCAGAGAAAGACUGGAAAAUAUCUGUGGUUUUCUCUUGUUGGACUCGGACUUGAACCGGACACUGCACUGUCGUCAAUCGCUGGCAAAACCAGCAACGUGAAACACAUCAACCUGGGACCGAAUAUGUUCGACAAACCAAACAAGGAUGCCUUCUACAUAGUAACCCAUUUCCUGUUGGAGAGACUCAACCCGACACGAUUCAAUGAGGCAUACAGGCACUGCUGGCCUGUUUUGGGCCACAAAGCGGAUGCUGAGUUCCGCAAAGUUACCUGCGCUUGGCUGCGAGAAAUAAUGGAUGAAACUGCAAAUGCAGGAUCCAGGGUGGUAGCAUCCUUGUUCCUCUCGCCCGGAGGCCCCAAGUUUAUCAACUUGAUGGGUCAUCUGGCCAAUCACGUCAUGCUGCAGGAAAUGAAGACAUUCACCACAAAGGACAGCUGGGUUCCUGAGGCUGCAGCGAUGCCUGCCUCCUCCCUGGACAUGGCAGAGAAGAGGCUCAGCCUGACCCACACCCGGUUUUUGAAAGCUGCAGUGAAUCAGGAUCGUUUUCUCCAUGAGUACCAGAGACGAGCACAGGUCCUGGUGAAGUCUAUGAGGGACAUCAGAGCAGAGGGUGCCAAGUAUGAUGAGCUACUCAAGCGUCACAGCAGUGAUUCUACACAAGAGGGAGCUUCUUUAGCUGAGAAGACCAAAAUAGUACGCUCCUUGUGGUCUGAUUUUGAUGGAAUGCUGUCAACUACCAAAGAGGAGCAGCAUGCAGUGGAAAGUGUUUUGAAGGGGGAUGUAGAUCAAUACGUCCUGGACGGGACGGAUCGAGUCCUCAAAAUUCCUCGCAGUCUGCUGGAGAGAAUUGAACAGCUCCCACAUCAGUUGAGUUCAGGGAACGUGUAUGAGGCCGGUCAGCUGAACCUCCUGUGUGUGUUGGAGCUGAUGAACCACGCGCUGCAGCUCCUGAGGGAGGAGUGUUGUCGGGUGUCUCAUGCCCCCAAGCCUCAACUCAGUCCUCAGCAACUGCAGGAGAAAUGUCAGCAGAUGGCACGGGCGCUGCAGAACCUCCACCUCAUCAGACAAAGGAUUUCCAAGGAAGAAAUUCCUGAGGUCAGGAGUACCAUCAGAGAGUUGGAGGGUGCGUGGGACAGGAAGUGGAUGGCUACCCUGAAAGACACACCCCUAGUCUCUUUUCUGAAUGAAGAUCCUGCUCUUGGUUUCCUCUCGCCAAUGGCUCCGCUGUCGUUUGAACCAGCGGCUGACGCUAGUUACCGAAGUAGUGUCUUUUCCCAGUACCCUGCAACGCUUCUUGAGGAGAAGCCUGCAGAGAGUAAAUCACAAGAAGAUGCCCCCCCUAGUUAUUCUAACCUGAAGAGCUCUUGCCCUGCAACAGCUGAGAGGACAGAAAGUCCUGUCGUCACCACUCAAGCAGCAUCACAAGCUAAUAGCUCUCUUUGCUGGCUUUUCGACACGCCUGCAUCCCCUCCUCUCCCGAGGGCUCCAUCAAUGCGACCACCUCAGGCGAGUGUGAGAAAGACGGCCCGUGUUCACCAGAAGGUGGCCCCUGUUCACCAGAAGGUGGCUCCUAUCAGGACAAAGACACAGAUAUUGGAUAUGGAAUUUGAUAACCUCGCUGAUCAGUUUGCAGAUGCUGUAACGACAACCAGCCCCUGUCCAGAAAGCAGGGUCAAAGGUCUGGACUUGGAUGGCCUUCUUGGCACUCUUCAUGGUGAUCCCUUCUCCACUAGAAAGCAGCUGACACGUACACCAGAGAGCUUGAUUCUGGAUGUGAAGAGCUCCUGGCGCAAGGCAGUUGAGGAAGACAAAGCUGAGAAAAUCGGGCGAUUAGCCAAGUUUAACGACAGCGUAAAAGGGUUGCUCUCUCCCCUCGAUGAGAACAAAGUGUUGCAGAGCCAGCAGGCAGUCUCCCACAAAUCCACUCCAUUGUGGGACACCUUCGACACCGAGGGCCUCGACAGCGGCACAGGCAGCAGCGCGGUCCAGUUCAGCCUCGACCACGAAACACUCCCUGAAAUGCCGAGCUGCGACAGUCUGCUGAGCCUCGAUGAUAUGAUGAGCGAGGACGACGACGAGCUCUUGAUCCCCUCCCUGAAGACUGAGGCGAUGCGUACGCCACUAAGCACACGUCAUCAUCUGGGUCAGAUCCAGCAGGCGGGCGGUGAUGGCUCCUUUAUGGACAGCAGGAAAAGGACACCUGGUUUGGACAGAGACUGGCUAAUGGAGCCUGCAAAGCCAAUGGAAGCCACAGACAAGGUCUUCUCACUGGACUUAGAAACACUGGAGACACCUUCACCCCCAAAGAAGCAGGAGUACAGCCUCCCACAACUGAUCACAUUCUCCCCGAUAGAUGACAUGAAGUGCUAACUACAUUCAUAUUGAAACCACUUGUCAGCUUCACUGGCUGCCCUGAUUUUAACAAUGUAACAAAUAGAUGUACAUAGCUGUAAAAUAACCUACUUUUGGCACACAUUAAAUUACAUUUUCCUGUUUAAGUUUUUAUUUAAAAUAGUAAGACAUGAACUGCUUACAUAAAAUGGCAAAAUGUGGCUCAUUGCCUUUUUACUUGUGUUCAUGAUUAGGGUUAUUAACUUGUUUGUUAUGCAUGUGCAGGAGAGCAACAUGGAACUCCUGAAACAACUCCUGUUGGGUAACAGAAGUGCUUUGGGUCCACUGUGUUCAUGAAAAGCUAGUCUGCCUCUUACCUGUAACAUUAGGAUUGCACUAUUAGGAUGGUUUCCAUCCAACCACUAUCUUUUAGAGGAUAUGAAAUGUCUUUGUAUGUAUGUGACCACAGAUAUGAAAGGGACCAUGGUCAGUCAGGAGAUGAAAGUUGUAGAAUUUCUUAUUAAACAGUUGGAAAAAAACUAACACUCUAGGAUUCUUGACACUGUAUGUCAAAGUUUCAACUGCAGUCUGAAGCAAAUCUGAGUUUGAUUAAAAAAGACUUACUCAUAUAUUUGUGGCUUGCAAAGCCAUUCAUCAGGAAGUAUGCAUCGAUGUCUUAAAAUGUAAAACUACAGGAGAUUCAGACUGGGUUUGGGGCUACUGGUGUUUUCUGAGAGAGCAGCAAAAAUAUACAAAUAUGUUUUUCUCACGCACCUGUUGCUUUCUUAUAUAUAUGUGUAACUUCUCUCAGUUUAAGAUGGGGGGCUCAGAAGCUGAGAAAAACCAUGGAGCAAAAGAAAAAUAUGAGUCAAGGCAGCAAUAAAAAUGUAGCAAAUUCAGGAUGUCCAAUCAUUUCACCUUCACAAUAAAAUUCAGAAUUUCCAA